AAUGUUUUUCUAAGAAGAACGAACAACGGUUCGGCCCGGUUCGGACUGCCAUGGAAAUAUGACGUAACAAUUUUCCUAGCCCGCCAGUAUUUCAAGGUUUUAGGCGCUCUGAAUAGAAUCCCCAAUUCUUUCACACAAAAGAAAAUAUGUUGUUCUUCUCGUACUUCAAGGAUUUGGUGGGACGGGAAGUAACAGUAGAAUUAAAGAACGAUUUAGCCAUACGGGGAACCCUUCACUCGGUGGAUCAGUACCUGAACAUUAAGCUUGAAAACACUAGGGUUGUCGAUCAAGACAAGUACCCCCACAUGGUUAUUGAUUCUCUCCGCCUUUUUUUUGUUGGGGGUUAGGGUUUAGAGUUUAAUUCUAACAUAAAAAUCUCUGAUUUUCUGUUCUAAUAACAUAUAAAUAAAUUUGUUUACCAGUUUCAGUUUAGUUGAAUGUCUCGAUAGCUAGUUGUUUUUCAUACUUGUCGUAUCUCAUGAGUAAUAUAUGCGAUGCUGAAUAUUUGAAAAUUCGUGUGCCUUGUAAAGCCAAGGUGAAAAUUAUAGGUCCUUAGGAAAUUCGAAGCAAUGGAAAAUUGUUUGGGAGUGAUUGUGGAAAUUAAUGAUUGUGAAGAUGUUGAAAUUUGGUUUGAAAUAAGUUGGUAUCAAAACUUCUUUUAUUCUUGUGAUUUUAUCACAUAUGCGUGGAUGGUGAACCUUACAGGAUUUUAAAAUUUUAGUUCAACAAUUCAAUGUUUAAUCUUAAAAGAUUCAUUUUUUGCUUCCGAAUUAACGAGGAUAAUUUCCGUUCUGAUCAAAUUCUCCAGUGGGAGACAUAGUUACAUAGCCAAGACCAUAGGGAUGAUUUUGAAGUUCUAAUUGGUGAUGCAAAUUUAUAUUUUUUAAACAGCAUAAAGUUUUAUAUGUAAUUUAUUUGAAGUUUUUGUAAUUUAAAUAUUAAAUUUAAUCUCUGUCCACUGGUGUUGUUUGGACAGCAACUUC